UCGAAGAAGAAGCAUUUUUACAAAGUUUUCCGGGAGCGUGUCAGCUUUAAUGUUUAACGUUAAUUCAGCAUUUGUCUCUGGGGUAACUGACUGAAUAACGUAUCUAUCUAUUUAUUGUUGUGUAUUGAGAGAAAAGGGAGCAGAAUGACGAAAUCAAAAGAGAAAAGGAGAGAAAAAAUAAGCGUCGCCAGUGAGAUCGACCGCGUCGAGGGGCGCAAAUCGCUUUGCCAGGAUAGCCUGGAAUGGGCGGAGUUCAGGCGGCGCCGAGAGGAGCUUUCUGACCAAGAGAGAGAAGCUUUAGACGAUGAAAUGACGAUUAUGACAGAGAGAAUCCAAAAGUAUGAGCACCAGCUGGAUGAACUGCGUGGAGAGAAUAGGAGGAAUAUGCUACUGUCAGUGGCUCUGCUGGUCAUCAGCGCCCUCUUCUACUACGCCUUCACCAGCUAGCACCCAGCACUGUGUCCAGAGCCUUCCCUGCCAGGCUAAAGGGAUGCAGAAUGUCCCUUAUUAAUCACCAAAUACUGAUUUUCAUAUCAUAAAUGUCUCAACCGGAGGCAAAAAUGCAAAUCAAGAAGUUUGGAGAGAAAACUUUUACGGCUGAUUUCUUCUCACAUGCAUGAAUUGCAUCCCUGAUUGCAGCCAUUGGAAAUUCCAGUCCUCCAGUGCUCAAGUGUUUGGUCAUCCUUACUUCCCAAGCUCACGUUUGACGGGUCGUUCAAUGAGGCAGUCAAUUCAUCUGAUGCUCCAUGCGUGAAUUUGCUAUGAUUGAAAUGCAACUGUUCUCUAUGUACACCAUAGGGACCAAUGGAAUCAUGAAUAAUGGUUAUUGCAGAAGCACUAAAGCCUACAUGAUUGAGUCUUAAGGGCUUUAGAGGGCUGGGAUUUCCCAUUCUCAUGCCCAAAAAGGAAUGUGCUUAUCUAAGACUCUAAACUAAGUCUCAUCUUUUCUGUUAUUUUAUUUCCAUCUGCCUUGUGGUGCUGUUUUAUACUGAGCAUUUUCUACAUUCAGAGCUUUGCAGCAGGCUCUUUCUGAUACAACGCAACACCAUUGAAACAUUUUUAGCCUCUAGUAGGCAUUCAAGGCAUUGUUAGUGUACCAGGGGUACUUGAAAUGAAAUAUUAACUUCCUGAUUAAAGAACCAUGCAUCUAU